GCCAUAUCAGAUGAGAGUGAGGCGCAGUGUGCAGACAUGCCUUCGGGGUACCUUUUCUUCAUCUUCAUUCUCAUACACAUGUCGGUACCCAGAUCUGUGUUUUGUUCUAAACAAUGUGGACCCUUAAUAAAAAUAGUCCAAGCUGAAAGAGGAGACGCCCUCCUACAGGUGAAUGUGACGGGCACUAAAGACGUCUACUGGAACGUUAUUUCCCAGGACAGAAGUUUUGCUAAAACAAAACCCAAUGGAGAAUUGGAUAUCCGAAAUAAUCACUACCAGGGGAGACUUCAGGGCUUAAAUGAUUCUUCCUUAGUUAUAAGUAAUCUAACCAGGAGGGACCAGGCUAACUACACCGCAGAUAUAAAUGGAGAUACAUUGAAAUGCAACCAACACUAUUCUCUCUUGGUCUACAAAGUACUAACGGGGAAUGACAUCCAGAUUUCUAAUGGAUCCAGGGGAAAUGAGACCUGUAAUGUUACCUUGACCUGUGAAGUAAAUCGAUUGGUUGGAGAAGAUGUAACUAUAGCUUGGAAUAAAACAAACAUAGAAUACUCCAAGGAUCCCACUAUUCAUCUCUACAAUGGGGAAGCAAAUUCUACUUACAGCUGCAUUGCCCAAAAUCCCGUCAGCGCUGCCUACAGGAGCAUAGAGCCAUCAAUAUUCUGCCCAGAACAGAAGAGAGAAACUCCAAGCAAAAGAAAUAACAAUCGUCAUCAUAUAUUUUGGAUUCCUGUAGUUCUGAUUUUGAUUUUGUUGUUUGCCGUUGUAAUUAUACGUCGCUUGAAUAUUGGCUCGUCGUUCUUUGGAUUUUUUCAGGACGAGUAAUUAUUGAAAAUUUGUAAAGAAGUUACACUGAAAACAGAAGAUACAAAGGAAAUUCUAUAAAUGUAAAUUUGUGGAGAAAUGUAGCUGAAGCUAAAUUGGAAUGGACGUGGUAUGCUGAAAAAAAUGGAUGAAAAUACCCCACAGAGGGCUGGAAUUAAGGGGGUGGGGUUGCACAUCCCUCAUCUACUGAUUGCUAAUGGUGCGGUGGGCUGGGUUCCAGUGCAUUGGGCAGCACCGGAUCUACCGGAUUGAAGAUGGUGGUUAUUCCUGGGUUCAAUAAAGUGCACACAGUUGCGCUGGCGCCUAAUGACACCGCCCAUAUCUAUAGGUGCAAGCACAACUGUGUGCGUUUUUAGUGCAUCAGACGCAACUGUGCCGAGGGCCAAUCCAUAAAUGGCUCCAACCACACUGGAAUUGAAGGGAAAUGCUGUAUUAUGGGUGAAUAUCAUGGCUAAUUGAAUCCAAAGCUGAACUUUGCAGCACAAUGGACUUGUAUUUGUACCUGAGCCCUAAUGAGUAUGUUAGAAGGGGAGUAUCUGGCUGAAUGGGCAGCAGGGCUGGCACCUCCUGGCUAGGUAUACACAGUGCGGAGGUGGAUUUAGGUAGGGAGAGAGGCUGCAUCUUGUCAGAUUGGGGCAUUAUAUGUUUGUUAUACAAACUGCUGCUUUAGGUUUAUGCUAAACAACAUGUUUGGCACAACUAGCUAUUUGUAAGAUAUCUCACUUUGUUAAAUUAAAAAGAUUUGGCAGGUUUUAUAUUGCAAAGUCCCUUGUGUGCAUUGUGGGGUGUUGGUGGGUUCAGGGUGGGCUUAAAGCCACCAAGGGGAUGUACAGUAUGGAG